CUUUCCCCCUUUUUAUUCACAUAAUCUCCUGAAUUCAAAAACUAUCACUCUCCAGACGCACAAAAAACCUAACUCACCUGCACUCGCCACCGCUCUCCUUCACCGUACAAUUGGUGCAAUUGAAGCAGGAAAGCUCCGUGAAGACCGUCUGUCUCCCUAUAGAAGAUGUUGAAGGCGAAGACAUUCAAAGGAGCGAAUGUCUUCAUGUCCAGGAACCUGGUGCCGCCGGAAGUCUUCGACACUCUUCUUGAUGCUCUCAAGCUCAACGGUGCCGAAGUCUUUCUCUGCUGCGAUCCUUCAAGGAAUGGCCCCAAUGAUUAUCACAUCAUCUCCUCUCCUGAUCACGAGAAAUUCGAGGAUCUCAGAGCUAGAGGCUGUAAUUUGCUAGGUCCUCAGUGUGUGCUUUCAUGUGCAAAAGAGCAUAGAGCACUGCCUAAACAAGGCUUCACAUGUUGUCUUGCAAUGGAUGGUGUCAAAGUUCUGGCAUCCGGCUUUGAAAUGGUUGAAAAGGACAAGAUAGAAAAGUUGGUAACAGCAAUGGGUGGUCAGUUGCUUGCAAAGGCAUCUUUGGAUGUUAGUUUCGUCAUUGUAAAGAAUGUUUUGGCUGCAAAGUACAAGUGGGCUCUAAAUGUUCUGAAGAAACCAAUUGUAACUAUUAAUUGGUUAUAUCAAUGCUGGAGCGAGCAUCGUGUUGUUCCUCAAGAAUCAUACCGGGUCCUUCCCUUUUCUGGAUUAAUGAUAUGUGUUACCAGGAUACCUGCAGAUGAGCGGAAGGAAAUUGAAAAAAUUAUCACGCAAAAUGGUGGGAAAUACUCUGCUGAGCUGACGAAGAAGUGCACACAUUUGAUCUGUGAUGCUCCUGAAGGUGAUAAGUACAAGGUUGCUCGAAGGUGGGGCCAUAUUCAUAUUGUAACCCGGAAAUGGUUUGAUCAAUCUGUUGCUAGACGAGCAUGUCUUAACGAGGAGUCUUAUCCUGUUCAAGGUGGUUCUAUAUCUUCAAAUAAAAAUUUGAAGUGUCCCUCAGUGGCACAGCCUAUCCAAGACAACAAUAUUGUAAAUUCACUAUCUGUGCAGUCCUCCAUUGCUGCAGAAUCUAGUUCCCCAGAUUUUCCUUGUGCAGUGUUUCCUGAGUCAGAUUUAGAAGCUACCCUCUCGCAGAACAUGUCUUCCAUGUUUUCAGAUCCUCCUGUCUUUAUGAAAGCAGGAGAUGAUGAAAUCCCUGCAGAGAACCCCACAAAUGAAACAAACCUUGAUAGUUGUAUAGCCAAUGACUCUCAGUCUGAAGAUAGUGAACUCUACUUGUCAGAGUGUAGGAUAUCACUUGUUGGCUUUGAAGCUUCUGAGCUGCGUAAAUUAGUUAAUAUGGUGCGAAGAGGUGGGGGUUCUCGGUAUAUGUCAUUCAACGAUAAAUUAACACACAUUGUAGUUGGGGCUCCAACAGAGGUUGAAAAAAAGGAGCUGAGGGGCCUUGCUGCCUUGGGUGUUAUUAAUGUGGUUAGACCAACCUGGCUUGAAGAUUGUGAUCGUGAAAGGAAAGAAACCCCUGUUCUCAGGAAACAUAUUGCCUAUGAUUUACUUCUUCCUAAAGAUUCUGCAAACUCCAUUAAAGGAGCACUAGUUGGCAUGGCUAGCAUGAAUCAAGGUAGAGUCUCCAGUACCCAUUCAAGCCUUCACUCUGAUCAUUUAAUGGGUGGUACAAACUUUGGCAAUGGGAAGGCCUCAUUUUUGGAGAAAGACAAGGAAGAGAAACCAGAAAUCAACCUGAACAGAAUAACUGUGGACACAACCUUGAGACAGUCUCAACAGAACCUGUUAUCUGUUGUUGACAAUCGAAAGAAGAAUGGAAAGCAGCAUGAUUCCAGGGAUCAAAAUCAGAAGCCAUUUCCUGUUUUCAAGGGAAAAACAUUUCACUUUUCAGAUUCCUUUCCUGAAGAUAGGAGAGCUGAAAUUGUUCAGUGGGUGAGUCAAGGGGGAGGGGAUAUGGUGGAAGAUCAUGUAAAACAGAAUGUGCACUUUACCAUUGAAUGCCAUGGUGUGGUACCAAGGUCUGUAGAUGUCCCCCGAACUACUUAUGUAUCCAGUCAUUGGGUCAGAUCUUGUUUAGAGGAUGGAUGCUUGCUGGAUGUUGGUGGUCAUAUUAUGUAUUCUCCACUUCCUUGCCGGAUUCCUUUGCCUGGUUUUGAAAGCUUCCGAUUUUGCAUCUCACAGUAUGAAGAGAAAGAUAGACUACUCCUAAGAAACUUGUGCUUUGUUCUUGGAGCUAAAUUUGUGGAGAAACUGACGAGAAAAGUCACUCAUCUACUAUGCAAGUUUACCAGUGGGCCAAAAUAUGAGGCUGCUUGUAAGUGGGGCAUAUGCUCGAUUACUUCUGAGUGGAUUUAUGAGUGUGUCAGGCAGAAUGAAGUUGUCACAGUGGAUCACUUUCGUCCAAGAGAAGUUACUUCUCAAGACCAGGAUGCAGGAGUAUGCACUGUGAGCCAGUUUCCUACUCAAGCUGAUCGAAUGAUAUCUGGAGAGAAUCCAUCUCAAUUUGAAAGCCAGUCACAAAACCUUAGAAAUGCGCCAAGUCUGACAGGUGGUAGUAGAAUUAACAGCCUUGGGGAAGAACUCCAAGAAUCCAGUGACUAUUGUAAAAAGGCAAGGCUUUCGGAAAGUGAUGUUCAAAAGGAGCUGCUUUCUUCUGGAGUUCAUUUAGAUGAUUCAAUCUGCAAGAUAGAUCUCGUUGGAGGAAACAAUAAAAAUGAUAAUGGAGAACCUUCUCAUAGUGUUCCUGAUGUAGCAGCUGCUAUUGAAGACUUACUAGAGCAGACAAGCAAGAUUCACGAUCAGAAGUCACCAGGGAGGAAUGGGUGUGACAAAAAUCUUUAUUCAUCUGAUACAGUACUUGGUGAAGACCAUGGCUCUCACCAUGUCCUUGGGUUACCUAAGCAUUGGUUAAAUAGAACUGGGAAAAGAGAUGAGCUACCUAAUCCUUCUUCAGAUGUAAAUAGAGGAAUGUAUGAUGGGUUCAGUGAAACUCAAACAGAGUCGCAGGUUGUUGGCUAUGAAGAAGAUUUGUCGGGCAGGCAAAUGCUUAUAGAUAGGGUUCGAACUCGAAGUAGCAUGGCCUGAGUUAGAACCAUAGCCUCUGUAAAAUUUAUUUGGCAGUUGACAACACUGUAUACCGAGAUGAAGGUUUGAUGGCAAAUCUAAAGUUUCUUGGCCUAUCAAGGUAAAGUUUAGCGCCCUGCAUCAAUUCAAUUAUCAACCUUGCUAAGAUGGGUGGUCAAGAUUAGACAGUAGGGUUUGAUAGCAAUUGUAAUAUGUAUCCCUGGAUAGAUUCGAGUAAUUAACCAAUAUAAUAUGAUUAAUGCAGCUUGUGAAGUAACAUUUUAUAUAAUUAGGCUGUGAAAUUCAUCUAGGAUUUUAGCUGAAAUACCUGAUGUAAUUUUAAAUGUGAUGCAUUGGUUCAGAUAAUCGCAAGUAGUUUUUUAAACGUGAGACUACUCCAUUCUGCUAAGCUCAAAUGAACAUACAGGGGACAAAACUGGAAUUAAAAACUCAACUUUUGCAUUCUCAUCUGAAUGCCACAACUGGCAGAUUAUGGAAUCAAAGGUGAAAGCAGUUGAUUCCAUGGUAACAUCAUGAGCUUAUUCAUUAUGAACGAUGUUAUUGUUAGCAUUGUUUCCUUCCCUGAGUGAGCAAGGAUGCUACAUUCUAGGGUUUUGGACUACUUUUCAGGUGAUGGCAUGAAGAUGGAUGGGAGAGAUGGGGAUAUGGACUCCUAAGUAAGGCCGAGUUAUGUAAGCAUUGAUGAUCAUUUUAAACUGUUCUGAGCUGACUGAUUUUAGUUUGAUUGCUAAAUGUGACGGCUCUUUUACCCAGUUUCCUUACAUGGGUCAGGGAUGGGGAAAAGUAGCUGGGAUUCGGAUUUGGGAGAAGAGACUGCACUCUCACUUUGCAAAAUCUUAAUUCUGGCUCUCGAUAUAUGUAGUUGUGUUUAUCUUUUAUCUUUAUAUAUUAUGCGACUCAUUAUUUAUAUAUAUAUAUUUUUUAGUAUC